AUUAUAGACCUCUCCAACUACGACCACGACGACGAAAUCAGAAAUGCAACGCAGCCCGUGUCUCUCGUCCAAGAUGGCGACUUUACCCAUUCGCGGACGUCCCCAGAGACCACCCAUGAUUCGCAGCUCUUCUACAAAGUCUAUCUUAAAUCCAGUAAAACCUGAAAUCCCCGUACCCCCCUCGCUCGCGAAGUCCCCUCUCCUUCUUUCGCCACGGUCCAUGUUUCGUCGAGCAUAUACUACCCCACGCCCCAACGAACGAGACGAGCAGUGGCUCAGGGAUACCGUGCCCCUACCCACUUCCACGAACACCCCUUCCUCGAGUUCGGGAUCUAGCGUCCAAUCUCACCCUUCGGAAUGCGAGCCCCCUGCUCACCCCCGGUUUCACCGCGGUUCACUCCUCGAAAUCCGUCGCCCGUUCAUCGACAGGUCGAACAUUCGCUUCAAAAUGCCCGAUAGGUCCUGGAGUUGCCCAAAUGCAGUGACCCGCAGCGCUAUCUCCGCCUCGCAUCCUCAGCAGCGUGAUCCUCCAACAUCUCACGACGCACCUCCUCUUUCGCCUCCCCUUGUCCACUGGCGGAUGGCCUCCGUUAGGGGUGUUUCAUGGCCUCGUCCUUUCGCCCGUUCAGAUACUAGUCCCGACCCCCGCGACUUCGGUGCUAUCUAACAAGACUCCUAUCAUGCAUCCUUUCCUUCCGUUCACUCCUUCUAUCAUCUCAACACCCAUACGUGUCGCUAGCACUAGUGCUUUCGUGCUCCGACCGCCAUUCAUGCAUAUCCUUCGCUUCGAGGGGACUGCUUACUCCACACAACCACACGCACAGGAGAAAAGGGCACUACACGGGGGGUGCCAUAUGAUGCGGAUAUAUCAAAACCGAAGACAAACCAUGUCCCCGCAGUGCGGGGUUCUCCGCACAGUUAUGGCUUGGCUACCGAACCAACAUGCGCCUUCAACACCUGUUUGAGCCCGUUUUAUGCUUCGGUGUUGUUGGCGCUGUCACCAUGCAUUUGUCUUCGUAUCCGACUUUUCUUGUUCGAUGAGGGCGUCGUCUGUUCACAACCAGAUCGCCGCUCUAGCAACCCGGGAGGUCAACGUUGUAGGGGUUCACGGGCGUGUGCCUGUAUGAGGGUUCUUGGAGGUUCUUGGUCGUUCUCUUUUAGGGUUUUCUGGGUUUUUAAGGCGGCUUUGUCGAUCUCAGGGUCUACAGCUUCGUUCGGCUGGGCGAGGCUUGUACACAGGGGUCACAGGUCGCGACUCGAGUAAUUGUUGUCGGACAUUGCGUACAAGCGAUCUUCGUGGACUUCGUUGCCGAUGGUCGUUGUACAUGUGUGCUACUCUUCUCUGGCAUACUUUUUUCCUUUUCUCUCUUUUGGGCUUUCUGCAUCGCAUUGUUUUCUUUCAAGUUUUCUUGGUCCCGUCAGCUUUCGUCGUCUCACAUAGGCAUCAUCACUUCUUCGGUCGUUUCAUUGGCAUCCAACUCUCGCUUUGCAUCGUGUACAUCUCCAUCCCAUACAUCCCAUCCAUCCAUCUUCACCCCAGCAUGCAUCUCACUUUUUCAUGUCCCAUCACGACCAAAGUUACUCUAGCCAUCCUCUCCGACUGCAUCUUCUACACUGCCCUCUAUCAUGAUCCUAUCCUGGUCUGCAUCUUCACCAUCACCACUUCACAUGCACCCCCUCCCCGUUUCACCCUUCCCCUUCACCCUUUCUUACCGUCACACAGUUUCCUCGACGUUCCUCCCUAUUUUUUACGAUCGUCUACGAGCCUGUUCCCGUCACGUCCCUCCAAAGAUAUGCGUUUUGGUAGGACAGACUGCUACCCGCGGUCCUCCACUCCAUUCC